AAGUGUCAAGUUUGGUGUAAGGCCGCAAGCGUCAAGUCAGCUGUUUCAGAUUUCUGUUUUCUGUAUUGUGAAAAUUUAUCGGUACCUACUUUGUUUGUUAAUUUAUCAAGAAUUCUGAUUAAUAAAGACAUUAAUGAAAUAUUACACCGCGAUAUUUAAAAACAAUUACACAGUUAAUAUUAAAGUGCAUAUUCUAUUUUCAAAACUUUCAGUGCAGUUUUAUAUAUAUCACCAUAGUAACAAUAGAUAAACAAGAUGACCAAAAAAUCAAUAACACUAGACGUAGAUCCGUCUAUCAUGGAGAAAAAUAUGCGUAUUGUGAAGGAAAAUCCAAUGGAAGAAGAAUUAAAUAAGUUGUUUGCGACUACCGAUACCUUACCGUAUAAAAUCGUUAAACCCACUCCAGGUUUUUGUGUUAAGACAUUCACAAAACCAGACAACAAGAAACUAUUUGUUAAUGUGUGCUUAACUGAUGCCAUACCAUGUCCCCGUGAUAUCACAAAUGAAGAGCUGAUGCAGAUAUUGAGUUCAGAAGAUCCUUCCAGCUACAGAGUACCAAUGAGCAUUGGGGAAGGCAGAAUGGAACCCGACAAGUCUGGCAUACCAGCAACAGUGUAUGAUGUAGCCAUUAACCCCGAUUUCUUCACUAAAAUCGAGAAAGACGAUCUUUUCCAGACUUUCUUCUUGACAGUUGUAUUUGAAGGGUUGCAAGAUAAAUACCAGUUUGAAGCAGAUAUGUCAAAGUAUGCUGUACUUAAACACAGGAAGUCCAUAGGAACUCUGCAAUCGCAUAGAAUUCAAAUAAGGGAUGUGAAAAAAUGUGAGGAGAAAGUUAAGCCACUGAUUGAGGAAAUAACGAAACCAGUGCUAAAAGUUGAGACUGUCCUUGCGAAGAAAGAAAUUGUUUAUAGAUUAAGGAGGGAACCACCAACAGGGGAGAUUGAGUAUUUGCUGGCUGAAUUUAAGAUACCAGAAUCGGUAAACAUACAAGAUCUUAACCUAGAAGUGGGUGAAGACAGAAUUGUGUUGGAUUCAAAAGGUCUAUAUGAGCCUGUGGACUUUUUUCUGCCGUGCAGUGUCGACCAGGAUGUUAUUGAUGCCCAGCUGAAUAGGAAUUAUGAUAUGUUAUCUGUUAAAAUGCCUGUCAUCCACUAAGUGACUAUGAAUAAGUCCGAAAUGUUAAUGCUAAUAUGAUGGGAAAUAAAACUAAUAUAGGUACAA